AAUGCGCGCGGAGGUGGAGGCGAUCAACUUUGGCUGGUGUUACUGCUACCGUCGCUCGUCUUAUAUGGUGCGCUAGCAAAAUGCAGGAGAAGGGCCAGGGUAAGGAGCAGCUGGAGCCGGCGGAGCUCGUGGGCCUGGUAGCGCGAUCUGCAGAGGGUACAGCUGCCAAGGGCAUGCCUAUUAAGGGCCACGAGGAUCUCUGGGUGGAUAUCCAGGCUAACACCUUCCGUAACUGGGUGAACGAGCACCUGAAGCAAUCGGAGCGCGGCCGCGAUUGCGGACCCGUCAUUGACCUCGCCGAUGACUUCCGGGAUGGAACGCGGCUAUGCGCCCUCGUCGAGAUCCUGACCGGCAAACGCCUCGCCAAGUGGAAUCCCCGACCCGUUAAUCAGCAUCACUAUCUUGAGAAUGUCUCGACGGCGCUCAAGGCCGUGGAGGCUGACGGCGUGAAACUCGUCAACAUCGGUAAUGUCGACAUCGUUAACGGUAACCUCAAGCUGAUCCUUGGUUUAAUAUGGUCGCUCAUUGUCAGAUACCAAAUAGGCAAAUCCAAAUUCCCACCGAGGAAACUCAUGCUUUCCUGGCUCAAGGCUGUCCUACCAGAGUGCAGAGUAAAUAACUUUACAACCGAUUGGAAUUCCGGAGUAUAUCUAAGCGCACUCCUGAAUUAUUGUAAACCUGGACUCUUCCCGCAUUGGCGUCAACUCGAUCCUACUGACAAUGUUUACAACUGCCGAAAAGCUAUGGAAAUAUCAAAGCGAGAAUUUGAUAUUCCAAUGGUCCUUCAGCCAGAGUAUCUUGCAUCGGCCUAUUUGGAUGAAUUAUCUGGCAUGACUUAUCUAUCGUAUUUUAUGAAGGAAGGCUCGCCAGGUUUUCAUUCGACACUUAGAUGGGUGAAUUCUCAGCUUCCACACAGUCCAGUCAGAAAUUUUACAACUGAUUGGAACGAUGGUAAAGCACUGUGCAGUCUUGUAAGGAAUUUGGGUGGCCCAGCUCCAUCUCAUGACAAAUUAGAUUUAAGCUCUUCGUCGUGGGAGCACAAUUUACAGCUAGGAAUUGACGGAGGUAAGAAAUUGGGCGUCGAGCCAUUGCUUAAGGCAAAAGACAUGGCGGAUCAAAAUGUAGAACAUCUGGGUGUUAUGGCUUAUGCUGCCUAUUUCCAGUGGGUCAAGCCUCGACCACAAGUGAGUGAACAGGUGUCCGUUCACAUUGACAGUACUUCAGCGAGAGUUCAUCAACCGGCCCACUUCAAAUUGGAAUUACUUUCCAAAGAGGUAAACACUAGAGAAAUACGUGGCGAAGUAAUUAGCUCGAGUGGCCGUACAGAGUGUAGACUAACGUGGAAUGGCCUAUUUGGAAAAGGAACUUUCGUCCCUACUGAAGUUGGAAUGCACAAGUUAAUGGUGUAUAACGAUGGUGAGCUCCUAAAUGGAUGCCCGUAUUAUUUUCGAGUACAUCCUCCGCUAACCAAAAUCAAAUCGCCUGGCAUGGAUCCUUGCGCGAUCGGAUCUAUUGUCGAGGUUCUAGUCAAUAGUUAUGGAACUAGUCAGGAUGGUAUUAAUGUAACUGCUUGGUCACCAACGGGCCGAGCACUCAGCUGUCCAGUGCAUGAGAACGAAGGGGUGCACGUAGCGACGUUCCAACCGGAUGAGACCGGGGAGUGGAGCAUAGCCAUCACCCACAAGGGAAAUCACAUUCAAGGUGGUCCCUUUACGUGCUUCGUUUUCGAUCCCAAUGGUGUGCAGUUGCUAGACCUGGAAGGCGCUCUCCCGGGCCGGCCAUUCUCAUUCAUCGUCGAUGCCAGCAGCACCGGAGGCCUCGGUGACAUCGCCAUCGAUAUUGUCCAUGACAAGCAAUCGAUAUCUCACAUACUUCAAGAGUCGGGCCACAUGAAGUACCGCGCAUCUUUUGUACCACGUGACCACGGCAAGUACCGCGUCUACGUGUAUUUUAACGGCUCGGAUGUCCGCGGCUCGCCUUUCUCAUUGCGCGUUGGGACCCAGAGAGGCUCGAGGCGUUCGAGAGAGUCUUCGCAGACUAACAGCUUGGAGCGCUCGAAUAUCUCAUCUCUUGAGCGGAGGAUGAACGGGCUGAACACGACCCACGACCUAUCACCCAAGUUGGCCUCGUCGCCCAUCUUCAAGCCCUCGUCACCAUCCUCUUACACAAGCACCUUCAGGACUUUUGAUAAGCUUAAUACAUCGAAUCAGCAGCAAAUGCCGCGAACCGCGAGCAAUUAUCAGGUCUUAUCGGGAAGAAACUCGCAUAGUCCAUCGGUGAUGAAUGAACGAAACAAGGACAACUUCUCUGGCUCUUACACCCAAUUGCAUUCCAGAUCGCCUACCUGGCCUAGUUCCAAUUUUCACGAAGAGUCGAAAGAUGCGUAUCGAUCACCGAGCCAUAGUCCCAUGAACUUUGGUAAUUCAGUAUUGCAGAGUUCGCUUAAUAAUAACUCAUUCAGCUCAAAUUCCAAAACUAGCGAGCAAGAAUACCAUCAUAGUUAUUCAAAUAGAAAAGGAUCCGGAGAUAAUGGCAUUGUAGAUACUAGUAGUAAUGUAAAAGUUUCGUCAAUGGUUGGAGGUGCUGCGAGACGCGACUCGUGGGAUGCGAUAGCGAAAACCAAAUCACUCCUCUCUUACGGAAGCCUCGAAUCUUUGGCCAAUUUAGCCAAUAAUUCAUCGAUUGCGGAUAAAUCGACGAUGACGAGCUCGAAUAGCAUCAACAACAGUUACCGAAACGAACUGCCGAAUGUCAGUAUUCAAAAUUCAUCGGCAAAUUAUUCGUCACUGAAAAAGUUUUCAAGCUCCGAGUACACUUACUCACCAAAAUUAAAUACCACCGACUCGUUUUCCAAUUCACGAGGCAUAUUGAAAAAUAAAGCCAAUAGCCCAUUAAGGCCAGAUGUCGUUGAUACAGUUUCAUCCGUGGCAGCAUCCACGAUGUCUGCGAUCACGACAGCAACAACGACUACGACAAUGACGACAACAAUGACAACCACGACGAUUCAAGAAAAGCAGCAAUAUUUAAAAGACGAAUCAUCGCAUUUACGUACAAUGUCUAAUCAAGAGACAAUGGCGACCGGCAGCGCACUACAAAUGUUGGCCGUGCAUCGCCCGACUUGCUUUACCCUUGAUUCUAGUUUAGACACUAGCAGAAUUGCCGUAAUUGUUACCGGUCCAAAUGGUAGACCCGUUCCUGUACAAAAGUCGACAAUUCGAGGUCAAUCGUACACUAUAACCGCAGAUCAAGUCGGAGAGCAUACUAUUCAAAUACUUUAUAAUGGUCAGCACAUCAAAGGUUCACCAUUUAGGUCUCAAGCAUACAACUCUAAAGCUAUUCAAGUUGGAAAUAUACCUAAUGGUGUCAUUAAUGAGCCAGUUGAAUUUGAAAUCGAUGGUUCGAGAGCUGGUUCAGGGAACCUAGAAAUUCUCGUAAACGGUGGACACGUUACUAGCUUCGUUCGAACUCUCGGAAGUCAAAGAUUUUUGGCAUCCUUUGUUCCCCACGAGGCUGUCACACACUUGGUUGAGAUGACGUUCAAUGGUGAAGCCGUGUCUGGAUCACCUUGGAAGGUGGGCAUAAUGCCGAGCCCCAAGAUGUCGGUCGUCGGGGACUCGGUGAGACUCGUCCCAGCCGGCAGUCCAGCCGUGUUCGAACUCUCAGCCCUCGGCUUCAGCAGCAACGAAAUCCAAGUGCAAAUAUUGACGCCCUCGAAGCGACAGAUCGGUGCGCGUAUCGAGGAGGACCAAAGUCGUAAUGGCGAAUUCCGCGUGUCGUUUACGCCUCAGGAGGUGGGUAGCCACCUCGUGGAAGUUAGUAUUGCCGGACAGAAGCUGCCAGCCGGGCCCCUCGUCGCCAAGGUAUACAACAGUAGCCUCAUCCAGGUUACAGAGGUACCAAGUGCUGUUGUGGGCCAUGCUUGCCAAUUCCGAGUGGACGCAAGUGCGGCCGGUGAGGGUCAACUGGAGAUCUCGAUAAACGAGGGUGAGGUGCCGAAUCACGUGCAAGUGGUGGGAGGUGGCCGCUGCCUGGUAUCGUUCACGCCCGAAGCAGCCAAGCCCCAUUACAUCGACAUCAAGUUCAACGGGGAGCCGGUUCCGGGCUGCCCCUUCGUCUGCCUCGUCUCGGACACGAGUCGCGUCAGUCUAAACCUCGCGCACCUCGAGCUGCUGCCCGUCUCGGAAUCCGCGAGCUUCCACAUGGCGGUGGACGGGACCGGAAGCGCGGAGCUCGCCGUCUCGGUUCGCGGCCCCGCGAGCGAGCUCCCCGUCAAGGUCACCGGAGACAUUCACACGGGCUUUACCGCGGAGUUCACGCCCCGCGACGUCGGCGUCCACGCGAUAAGCGUCGAGUACAACGGACACCCGGUUAACGGCACGCCCUUCCUCGCGAAAGCUUUCGACGCGGAGCGCGUGGUAAUCGGCCCCGUGGGCCGCGCGAGCGUCAGCCAAGCCCAGCACUUCAGUGUUGACGCAUCCCAAGCCGGCGAAGGCAACCUCGAGAUCACCAUCGCUGCUCAGGGCCAGAACAUUCCGACCCAAGUGACGCCUCAAGGCAACGCCCGAUUCUCCGUUGGCUUUGUUCCCUUCGAGGCCUGCGAGCAUCUCAUCAACAUCGCCUUCAACAAGCGCACCGUCCCCGGCUGCCCGAUUAUAGCUCGGGUCGCCCCCGAUGCCCACCUCACGGUCAGUGGCCAAGCCCUGAGCAGCGCACCCCUCGGCCGGCAGAGCGCCCUCACUCUCAGUAAUGUCAGUGGUAGCUUGGAGGACUUGGAGGUGAACGUUGAAGGACCCAACGGACAGGCCGUGCCUGCUCAAGUCACCGAUAACAAAGACACGACAUGCACAGUGUCAUUCACGCCACGUAUCGUCGGCGAGCACCGAAUUUCGGUUAGCCAUCGCAAUCUACCUGUCCUCGGCAGUCCUUUCAGUUGCAAAGUCUACGAUGUCGCUGCCAUCAAGGUCAAAGAUACGAAGAAAGGAGUCAUCGGAUUGCCGGUCACCUUCCUCGUGGAAACGAGUCAAGCUGGACCGGGAAAUUUGGAGGUGACGGUGAACGGAGGACGAGUACCGACUUCGGCCCAAGCUCAAGGGCCCCACACCUACGCCAUUUCUUUUACCCCCCGCGAGCCCAUCAUUCACACGGUUGAUCUGCGCUUCAACGGAGAAGAUGUGCCUGGCAGCCCCUUCACUUGUCAGGUUAACGAUGCGGCCAAGGUAUUGGUUACCGAAACUCUGGAGAAAGUGUCGGUCAACAGAACGGCGAGCUUUGUCAUUGAGGCCGAUUCGGCUCCUAUGGUUGAUGUUCUUGCUCCGACACGCGAAAGUCUACCAGUCCAAAUCGAUCAAACCGCGCCUGGAUUAUACACCGCCGGUUUCACACCAAAAGACGUUGGUGAUCACAGUGUUCAAGUUAAAUUAAAUGGCGCUCAUGUUCAAGGUAGUCCUUUCCUAGUUAAGGCCUACAAUGCUAAUCAAGUAAAAGUCACGGAUAUUAAUAGUGGAGUCGUUGGCAAGCCUGUUUACUUUAGCAUUAAUGCCAGUCAAGCCGGAGCGGGCAAUCUCGAAAUUAUCGUUGCGAUAAAUGGUAAAAAUGUACCAAAUUUCGUGCAAAGCGAAGGGAACGCGAAAUUUCGAGUUAAUUUCAAACCGCAGGAGGCGGCCCUACACAGCCUUAGCGUUCGAUUCAACGGUGAACCUGUACCUGGCUCGCCGUUCACCUGUCAAGUACUCGGUCUUGGCCAAACUCUUAUAUCAGGUCAUAAUUUGAAGAUGGCCGCUGUCAAAUUACCGAUAACCUUUACCGUGGACCCACAGACUCCGUCGAGCAAAUGCGACGUCAUAGUUACGCCGCCUUCGAACAUCGCAUUGCCGAUCACGAUCGAACCACUGGAUCUCAAGUACAAAAUCACCUUUACACCGACCGAAGUCGGAAGGCAUAACAUUAGCAUCCUCGUGGAUUCUGAACCAAUCAAAGGAUCGCCAUUUGCCUGCAACGUUUACGAUGUUACUAAGGUGCACGUUUCUGGUCUGAGCGAAGCUUUACUGGGCCAAGCCACAACCUUUACCGUCGACGCUGCUCAAGCUGGAGAAGGAACCUUAGAACUUGUCGUGAGUACGGAAAACAACACCGUCAAAGCAGAAGUUGUAGCGUGUGCUCGUGGUCUGUAUGACGUAACAUUCGUACCUCAAACGUCAAGCACUCAUUACGUAAAUAUCAGCUUUAAUGACGACAAUGUACCUGGGAGUCCUUUUAAUUGUCCUGUUAUAGAAAGUAUUUUAGAUGGCCCAUCGAUCAUCCGAGUAGGCAAUACUGCAUAUUUGGAUUUAGAUACGGCAGGCUUGAUUGGACCAGUGACGGCCGAAGUGACCGGACCCGAUGGAAUUAUCAUACCGUGCAAUUUAACAAAACUCGAUUCUAACUUGUAUCGCGUUGAAAUACGAACACGAUACGUUGGAACAUAUAACGUUGUCUUCAGUCAAGGCUCAAAGAUCAUAAGUACGCAAUCUUUACAAGCAUUCGAUCCAAAUAAAGUAAUAAUUCAGGAAAUAACCGAUGCUAUUUGCCAUCGACCUGAAACAAUUAUAGUUGUUGCCCCCAAAGAUGCCGGACCCGGCAAACUUACCGCACACGUGCGUUGCGGUGGCGCAGAUCUUGAUAGCUUAGUAAGAGAAAAAGACAAUGGAGUCUAUGAAAUUAUUUUUCAUCCCACUCGAGCUGCACCUCACCGUAUUCACCUAAAAUAUAAUGAUUUACAUAUACAAGGAAGCCCACUUGAAAUAGCUGUACGCGGUCCAGCCGGUGGAAGGGAAGUUAGCGCAACUGGAUUAGGCCUUUAUCAAUCGUGCAUUGGCAAAGUCACAUCCUUUUCCAUCGAAACACUCGGACGUCCAGUGAAAGAGUUCGAUGUCGUGAUAAGUAGUCCACAAGGCAACGCCGUUCCUGUUCGCUGUUAUCAACAUAGGGAUGGAAAUUUAUUGGCAGAAUUCACAACUAAUUCCGUCGGAACUUAUAAAAUUGACGUUUUGCACGGAGCUAAACCCGUACUAGGUUCGCCAUUUUUCUGUCAGGCAUUCGAUGCAAGUAAAAUCAAAUUGCAAGAGCUGGGUCCUACAACGAUCUCUGUUCAUGAUCAUUUUGCCCUGAAAAUUGCGACGGCGGAUGCCGGAGUUGCGGAGCUGGACGUGAGGGCGACGGGCCCCCUGGGUCAGGAAGUAGGUCUGCAGCUGCGUCCCCUUAACGACGGCACGGAGAUGGUGGAGUUUUCGCCGAGCGUCGCGGGCUCCUAUGCGAUAAACGUGAGCUACGGGGGCUGCCCGGUCCCAGGAAGUCCCCUCAUGUGCGUGGCCGAGGCCGGGGGUCAGGCGCGAGCCAAGGGCCAAGGCCUCCUCCAGGGCCACGUUGGCAAGCCAGCGCACUUCGUCGUCACGGGAUGUAGGAGUCCGCCGAGCGUUCAGGUAGACGGGCCCGACAGCAUGGCGAAGCCGAGUGUCGAGGCGGGCCCGAGCCCCGGUACCUGGAAUGUCAGCUACGUGCCGGCGGAGCCCGGCCUCUUCGACGUCCGGGUCGUAUGCGCGGGUCAACAGCUGCCGGGUUCGCCCUGGCACCCGGGUAUAAUCGACUCGCGCAAUCUGCGCGUCAUUGGGGGCUGGACGGCCCUGUGCGACGAACUCGGACGACUUAAACUCGCCCCCGGGAGUAAGAUUAGUUUCGAUACCGCGGAGGCGGGGCCCGGUGAACUCUCCGGGAGCAUCGCCGAGCAGCCGCUCAACUUCGAGACGACAGCCAACAACAGACACAAACUCCUGAUGCCGCAGCUAACUGCCGGGGAAUACGCCAUGGAGAUUCUGUUUAAUGGCGUCCCCUUCCCCGGAGCCCCUAAGCUCGCCAUCGCCCCGGAAGGUCUCUCUCCAAUAGUUCAAGAUUCAAGUAGAGUAAUGCUGAGAGGCAGAGGUCUGACUUCCGCCAAAUGUGGCGAACAAGUGAGCUUUACGAUCGAUGGCUCUCAAGCUGGCACCGGGACUCCACAAGUGCAAAUUUUUUCACCCACGACCGAAGUCGACGUAGUUUUACAGCAUUUAGGAAACAGUGUUUAUCGCGCAAGCUACACGCCAUUUACAUCAGAGCCACUGCUGAUGACGGUGUCGUGGAAUGGACGACAAUUGAAAGGAUGUCCUUUACAAAUUAGCGUGUCGAGCGCAGCCGAUGCGACUCGAGUCGUCUGCUCGGGCCAAGGAUUAAAGUAUGGAGUAGUCGGGCAGGAAAUAAAAAGUUUCAUAGAUACUAGGAGAGCGGGACCAGGUGAACUGACGGCCCAUUGCGUCGGUCCACACAAAGUUGCGUAUUGCGAGCUCUACGACCACGGGGACGCGACAUUCACAUUAAACGUUAAGCCACAAGAAUCCGGCAGACAUGCCCUGACCAUCAAGUACGCUGGUGAACACGUGACAGGCUCCCCGUUCACGUUAAAAGUCUCGGGAGCACCCGAUGCAUCGAAGGUGAGGGUCUACGGCCCAGGGAUUGAGCAUGGCGUCCUGGCGACCUUUCAGUCACGUUUCAUCUGUGAUACGAGGGGCGCAGGAGCAGGUCAACUGACGGUGAGGGUACGCGGACCCAAGGGGGCCUUUCGAGUGGAGAUGCAGAGGGAGACCCAGAAAGACCGGAUUAUUCUGUGCCGUUACGACCCAACCGAGCCCGGCGACUACCGCGUGGAAGUCAGGUGGGCCGGAGUUCUUGUACCCGGCUCACCAUUCCCCGUAAAAAUUGUCGAUACCCAAGAUGAAUUGGUUAUGCUUACACAGGGCACCGACACUUGUACAACAGGCCAUCAUACAAUUACGUCAUGGCGAGGAUCCCAAGCAAUAUUAUAAGGACUUAUAACUUAACGCUGUUAUCAUUAUUGAAAGAAAAACUAAUAAUACAUACAUACACACACGCGCGUAUAUAUAUAUAUAUAUAUAUAUGCGUGUGCGUGUGGGCGCGUCAUUUCGUAUAUUAUAACUUGUAUAAACGUUUACAAUAAAAUUAAUUUUUUUGAGA